CAUCCCGAUUGUUGGGUAAAAAAGUGGGCAGUUCAGGAUUUCAUAUCUGGCUUCCCUUCCUCUCAACUCCCUCCUUUCUCUGCGAGCCUCGGAGUCGGUCGGACAGCAGUCCCAACUCCCUCAUACCUGCGCAGAGCAUCCAGAGGCGCUUUCCUCCCAACAGGACAGUCGCACUGCAGCAAGCUGAGAGGAGCUGACAGAAAAUACUUUUUACAGCCAAGAAGUCAAUCCAUCCUGCAUCAGCUGAAAUGCUGCUGAGAAGAACCCGACAUGUCCACAUACUUCCACUUCUAAUUGCAGUCUGCCGUCUCACUCUGGCCUUCCCCACCCAAACUCCAUCUUCAUUUGAUAAUGUCCGGCAGCUACAGGUGAACAUCCCUCACUCAGGUCCAGUUUCCGCCCCACUGGGAAGCUCCAUCUCCAUCCCCUGCUUGGUGUCUCUGUCCUCCACACCCACUUCCUCCUCUUCCUCCCCUGUUGCACCGCGGGUCAAGUGGACUGUGGUGUCCGGUGGGGUGGAGACGCAGAUCUUGGUGGCACGGGGUCAAAGGGUGAAGAUCAACGAAGCAUACCGAGACCGUGCCGCCUGGCUCAACUACACUUCCUCCCCUGAUGAUCUGUCACUGUGGUUGGGAGAUUUACGCUCCAGUGACUCGGGUCACUAUCGCUGCGAGGUGCAGCAGGGCCUGGAGGACGCCAGCGACCUCGUACAACUCAAGGUCAAAGGUGUUGUAUUCCACUAUAGAGACGCUUUGGGCCGCUAUGCAUUUUCCUUCCAGCAGGCACAGAGGGCUUGUGAGGCUAUCGGGGCACAAAUCGCCACUCCUGACCAGCUGCUGGCAGCUUAUUAUGACGGCUACGAGCAGUGUGAUGCAGGCUGGCUGGCAGACCAGUCUGUCAGGUACCCAAUCCAAGUGCCCCGUGAAGGCUGUUAUGGAGACAUGGACGGCCAACCAGGAGUGAGAAACUAUGGGACAAUGGAUCCAGAUGAUCUAUUUGAUGUUUACUGUUAUGUGGAGGAAAUUGAGGGGGAGGUGUUCCAUGACUCCAUCUCACAGCAGCUGUCAUUUGAUGAAGCGCAGUCAUACUGCAGAGCAGCAGGAGCAGAGCUGGCUACAACAGCCCAGCUGUACAUGGCAUGGAGUGAAGGUCUGGACCGUUGCAGCCCUGGCUGGCUGUCCGAUGGCAGUGUGCGCUACCCCAUCAUAAACCCUAGAGAGCGCUGCGGAGGGCCUCAGGCAGGUGUCAAAACCCUCUACCGUUUCAGCAACCAAACUGGUUUCCCAGAGCCUUCCAGCCUUCAUGAUGUUUUUUGUUUCAAAGAUACUAUAAAUACUCAUACCGACUCUCCCACGGACGACGUGGCCACAGAGCCUGAGGACAUUGGACAAGAUGUUGUUAUUCUUAUGGAAACAGAUCAAGAGCUGCAACUUAACCCACAUGCAGAACAGGUGGAGCUCAAAGCUCAAAGGGUGCUCGAAUCUUUACCCUUUUUCUCCAGCCCUUCCACUGAGGAAAACCUGGUUGACACACACCCAACAGUUAUAUCAGACACAACAGAGUCUCCCCUCAACAGCACACCUACAUUGGACCUCCUCCAGGCUACAGAAAUGAGCUACAACUCCCAGCAUCCUACAGCACUAAUGAAUAGUACUAUCAGCACCACAGAAACCUAUGAUUCCCCACAAAACACGUCAUUACUGCCCAGUGUUUACAAUGAGACAGAUUCCCAUCACAACUUCACCUUUCACCAGUCUGAGCCUGAAAGCACCACAGGGUUUCUCGAAUCAUCGUAUGAACCUCAUACACAUAACCAGACAGUUCCAGAUACAAAUCACGAAGAGAAUACACAGCCAUCUGAGAGGCCAAAGGAUUUCCAAGAAAUACAAGAGACCAACUUGAACUUUGACAGAUCACAAGCCAAUAACGAGUCAGACAGCAGUCAUACUCAAGAGGAGAGUUUCUGGGAGAUGACCACUGCGACCCUUGACCCCAUAGUUCAGUUGAUGCUGGAGGAGGCAGCAGUAGAAGUUGUCUCUCAGAUGUCUCUCUCAACUCAGGCCUCAAAAGAAGAACAAGAACUUGUUACACAACCAGCACAAACUACAAAAUCUUCCAUCAAGGAGCUAACCUCGUGGGCCUCUCUGGAUGGGUCUGGAGAUAUUUCUCAAGAGAGUGACCUUGAAGUCGAAGCAGUUAGCUUCAUCUCCAUAUCAGAGUCUUCCACUUCUGGCUUCACCACUCCCCCGUCACCGUCUGCGGCCAACAGCGCUCCUGCUGAGUCUCAGACUGCACUCCCUGAUCUGACCCUCUCAUCUGGGUCGCGCCAUUCUGACAAACUGGGCUUGGAUAUCCUCUCCACAGCACCACAGUUGUGGGAGUCCCCCAUUUCCAGACAGGAGGGAAGUACAAGUUUAGAAAUUGAAGACACCGUCGCUUUAGAAAGUGAAGAAAAACAGCUGCACCCAACAAAGUCUGAAGACAGCCUUGUUUCUGGAGUAAGUACAGCCACCACUGUGUCCCCAGAGAGGUUGAACACCUCUCAGUUGCCUACUGACUCCACCACAGCAAGGUAUCAAACAUCAGGUUACGGAGUCUAUUUGGAUACUGCAACCACUGGGUAUGAAGAGGCAAGUGGACAUGAACCUGGUACAGUUACUGAAACCCUUGGAGAAGGCGUUAAAGUUGCUCCAACCAUUGAAGAGGAUGUUAAAGUUAACCUUACUCUUGAAGAAGAAAUUAAAGUUUCCCCAACUCUUGAAGAGAAAGCUACAGUUUCUUUUUUACUGGAAGAGGAAGUUAAAGUUGCCCCAACCCUUGCCUUUGAAAAAGAAGCUAGCGUUGCCUCAACCCUUGAAGAAGAAGCUAGCAUUGCCCCAACCCUUGCCCUUGACGUAGAAGCUAACGUUACCGCAACCUUUGAAGAAGAAGCUAAAGUUGCCCCAACCCUUGGCCUUGACGUAGAAGCUAACGUUACCGCAACCCUUGAAGAAGAAGCUAAAGUUGCCCCAACGCUUGCCCUUGAAGAAGAAGCUAAAGUUGCCCCAACCCUUGAAGAAAAAGCUAGCGUUGCCUCAACCCAUGAAGAAGAAGCUAGCGUUGCCUCAACCCUUGAAGAAGAAGCUAAAGUUGCCCCGACCCUUUCCCUUGAAGAAAAAGCUACCGUUGCCCCAACCCUUGCCCUUGAAGAAGAAGCUACCGUUGCCCCAAUCCUUGAAGAAGAAGCUAGCGUUGCCACAACCCUUGAAGAAGAAGCUACCGUUGCCCCAAUCCUUGAAGAAGAAGCUAGCGUUGCCACAACCCUUGAAGAAGAAGUUAAUGUUGCCCCAACCUUUGAAGAAGAAGCUAGCGUUGCCUCAACCUUUGACGAAGAAGAAGCUAAUGUUGCUGCAACCCUUGAAGAAGAAGCUAAAGUUGCCCCGACCCUUUCCCUUGAAGAAAAAGCUACCGUUGCCCCAACCCUUGCCCUUGAAGAAGAAGCUAACGUUUCCACAACCCUUGAAGAAGAAGCUAACAUUGCCCCAACCUUUGAGGAGGACUUUACCGUCUUUCCUCUCGAUUCACAAACAUCUAACUGGGUUCUGUUGACCACCACAACUGGACCGCAAGAGUCUCUGGAUGAUCUAGAGUACAGCAGAAAAACCUCUUCCAUCACCUCCACAGCAGCUCCAGAUUCCUCCUCGAGUACAAAACCUACUGCUGCUACAACAAAGAAGACUACCACCACCAUCACGACCACUAAACACUGGUCAAGACGCACCUGGAGCCCGACCACCUCAACACCGAACGUUUUCCACAAGACAGCUGAGCCCCAGAAGGUGACAGCCUUCAUACCGCCAGUGGAUCAAGGUCUGGUGGAUGUUGAGUUUAGUCUCACCCAGCCGCCCACCCUGCUUAUCUUGCCCAAUGAGAGGGCAGCUGUAGGAGGUACAGGGAAAGUUUCAGAUGCCUGCGUGGGCGACCCCUGUCUCAAUGGAGGCACCUGCACUGACCAAGGCGGGCAGAUUAAAUGUCUCUGUUUGCCAACAUACGGAGGAGACUUCUGUCAGACUGAUGUGGAGCAAUGUGAACCGGGUUGGGAUAAGUUCCACGGUUUCUGCUACCGACACUUUGGCCAGCGUCUGAGCUGGGAGGUUGCAGAACAGCACUGUCGCAUGCUGGGAGCUCAUCUAGUGUCCAUCAUGACCCCUGAGGAACAGAGUUACAUCAACAGCAACUACAAAGAAUACCAGUGGACAGGUUUGAAUGAUAAGACCAUUGAGGAUGAUUUCCGCUGGUCUGAUGGAAACCCACUGCUGUAUGAGAACUGGUACAGAGGGCAGCCAGACAGCUAUUUCCUGUCUAGUGAAGACUGUGUAGUGAUGGUGUGGCACGAUGACGGUCGCUGGAGUGACGUACCCUGCAACUAUCACCUUGCAUACACCUGCAAGAAAGGCACUUCCUCAUGUGGUCCACCACCCAGGGUUCAAAAUGCCUCAAUAUUUGGAAAAGUUCGACAGAGAUACGAGACCAAUGCAGUUGUGCGUUACCACUGCAGCAAGGGUUUCCAGCAGAAACUAAAUCCUCUGAUCAGGUGUCUGUCUGAAGGCAGGUGGGAGAGGCCUCAGAUCCUGUGCAUCCCUGAGGUCGGAGGUCCAACCCAACACCCUGAAGUGACGUCACAGACCAACAGCAACUUUGCCGCCAUUGAAGACGAGUUUGAAGCCACUAAAGAGACACCGCAGUACUGGGACAUCAAGUUUUAAAAGUCAGCCAUGCUUUCCUUGUCUUCCUUUCUUUAAAUUCUGCUGUUGUAAUGUGACAAGGUGACAAGAAUCAAACGCUUUUACCAAUGAAUUCUCAAACAGGACAAAAUGAACCACAGACGCAUAAAGACACAAACUGAAGCUUCCUCUCAGCCAAGAAGCCUGAGUUGCACAAACAGGCUUUGUUUUCUUUUGAGGGAGUUAAACAUUCCUAUUUUUUAAUGUCCUUUAGAGUAUUUUGAUCUUAUGAGAUUUUAAGAGUUUAAUGUAGCAACUAGCAGAGCAUAAAAGAGGUUAAAGAGAUUACCGGAUGAGUCCUUUUCACUAGAAAGAAAUACAGUAAAUGUGUGAACUCUAUAUUACUAUGUCAGCUCCAAAUCUACAUUAUAGUAAGAACUUUGUGGUUUUUGUUAUAUCAAGAACCUUUUUAUAAAAUGGUGCUAAUGUCUUCAAGACCUUUAUAUCCAAUAAAGAUUUUUCUUUUCAGUGUGAUGUAGGAGUAGAAACAAGUCCCUGCUUUUUCAAAGAAUCUAACGACUCCAAAACAGAAAGUCAAUCCUAACAAACAGUCAGUAAAUACUGUACAUAUAUUAGUUUUCACACCUGUGAUCGCUGUCUGCAUUUUUCUGAGAGAAACCUUUUAUUUCCGGCAGACACAGUUUUGUUCGUCAGCUUUAUGUUGUAAUAAAGUUUUGUAGAACAGAGCAAAGAAUAAAUCGUUCUCUUAUUUUACCCUGA